GACUCAGUGUGGGAGGCACAGCUGCGCCAUCUGUGUGUACUGGUCAGUCAGCUGCUCCGGCUCCCUCGUCUCUGCCACAGCCGGUCCACGGGAAAAUGGCUGCUCGUAGAAUUGCAGCUUCCUCUAUUGACUGGGCGGCGUUUGCUGCUCGGGUUCCCGAGGGACAGAAGGCCAUGUUCAACGCCUUUAAAGGGAAGUCCGAUACCUACCUUAGAAGAGUUUUAUCACUGCCAGAGACCAUACCAAAGAUACAGUUUGCUGCUUAUCAGGCACGUAUUGAUGUUCCUGGUAUGGUUGAUAAUUUUAAAAAACAAUAUGAAGCAUUAGAGGUCCCUUAUCCAGCUGACACUGUAUCUGGACAGAUUACAGAAAUUGAAAAGCAAGCUGCAGCUGAAACCGAGGUCUUUGUUAAACAAAGUGAAGCUCGUAUUGUGAAGUUGAAGGAAGAACUGGUGAAAUGGGAAAAUAUGGUUCCAUUCGAACAGAUGACCAUGGAAGAAUAUGCAGAGCAGUUCCCUGAUGAGGCAAUCAACUUGGAUAAGCCAACCUUGUGGCCCCACACUCCUGAGGAGCAGAUUGGAUAUGUGCCUAAGGAUGGUACCGAGACUUAGUUUUAAGAUAUUUGUUCAGUUCCUGUGCUUAUUUAGGCAAAAGAAUGAAAAAAUUGUAAGAAUAUUGACCAAUUUUGUCAAAAGAAAUCAAAGCAUUAUGUAAAUACAGUAAAUGGAAUUUUAAGGAGUUUGUACCGGAUCAGGAUAACUGUAUAAUAAAUUACAAUCUAGA